UAGUUUGCUUCAGAUGGCUGAGAAAACAACCAGAGGCCUGCAGGAUGUCCCCGGCUCUUCUCCUGAUGAAAAUGAAUUUCCUUUCGGAUAUCCCUCUAACAUUUGUGAGGAUGUGCCUGACCAGAAGUACCUAUGCAGCAACUGCAAUAACAUUCUGAAGAAAGCCCUGCAAACGCUCUGUGGGCAUAGAAACAAUAAAAAUGCAAUUUGCCAGAAGUGUAAAGAGGAAGAUCCCAGCACUUUAAGUGAGGGAAGCCUACUGGCAGAAGAAAGGAAUUGCUCUACACCCUUAAUCGACAAGGAUGGAUGUCGUUUUUCUGAAGUCGGCUGUUCAUUUAGGGGAAGCAAAGAGAAGACAAAAGAACAUGAAAAAACUGCAGUUGGGGCCCACAUGCUGCUUCUGCUGCAGCACAUAAAGCAACUGAAGGCAAGCUUGUGCACUGCUGCCAAAGCUGCAAACAAUUUCUUCCCACAGUCAGAGCUGAAUGUGAAUGAUGCAGGAAAAAGCAUCUCUGAUCUGCAGAUCCCAGCAGGGCUGGAAGUCAAUGGGGAUGUGGAAGUAGACUGUUUUACUGGAUCUUCUGUUUCUGGAGAUGAAUCUGUUCUGCAACAACUUGUGAGGGAGAAAGUGAUCUCUGAACUAGAGAAUAAGCUACAUGUGUUUGAGAAUAUUGUGGCAGUGCUCAAUAAAGAGGUGGAGACCUCUAACUUGGAAAUCACAGCCUUUCGGAGACAGAGUGAACUUGAUCAAAAUAUAAUACGAGGCCUUGAACUGAAGAUUGCAGAGCUGCACCGUUGCCUGACGCAGAAGGAUGCAGGCCUGAGCAGUCUUCAUAAGAGUCUUCUGUUCUCUGAGCAAGCUUCCUAUGAUGGGGUCUUUCUGUGGAAAAUAACAGAUGUCGGCAGGAAGUUACAAGACUCUCUGACUGGAAGAACAGUCAGUUUGUAUUCACCAGCUUUCUACACUGCGAAGUAUGGCUACAAGGUCUGUCUGAGGGUUUAUCUGAACGGAGAUGGGACAGGAAAAGGAACCCAUGUGUCCCUGUUCUUUGUUGUCAUGAAAGGAGACUACGAUGCUCUGCUCCCAUGGCCUUUCAGACACAAGGUUACCUUUAUGCUGCUUGACCAAAAUAACAGGGAACAUAUUAUUGAUGCAUUUCGCCCAGACUUGACUUCUGCUUCAUUUCAGAGACCAGUGAAUGAUAUGAAUGUCGCAAGCGGCUGUCCCAUGUUCCUCCCUUUGUCCAAACUACAGUCGCCUAAAUAUGCCUACGUGAAAGAAGACACGCUUUUCCUUAAAUGUAUUAUAGAAACAAAUUAG